AUGUUUCACUGUCCAUCCCGAAGUCUCGGCUGUCUGUUCAGCCGUAUUCGAUUGCCGUCCUUGUACACCCCUCUUACUGUACUUUCAGCGUCAUUGUCUUCCAAGGCUAAACCUAAAACAAGUAAACCGCGUUCUGCACCUGCCCCAACAGUAGACGUUUGGGAUGGUAUCAGCAUUUCAGAGAUUUCAAAGGCGACUAAACGUCCAGUGGGCGCUAUUAUUCGUUCGGUAAAUUCCGGUUUACUCGGCUCCCUCCGAGUGACCGCAGCCACUUCAAUCGAAAAUCGAGAACUGCUUACUGGUCUUGUGUCGCUUCUCGGUUUUCGGCCUAAUUUCGUGAGCAGGAAGUCGUUCGACGGUGCCAAGAAGAAGUCCGCGAAAGUUGACUUCGACGUUUACCCCAGGCCUCCACCUGAUCCACAAGUUUGCGUGCCUCGACCGCCAGUUGUCGCGAUUAUGGGCCACGUGGAUCACGGCAAGACGACCCUCCUAGACGCCUUGCGCUCGUCUAGAAUUGUGGACCAGGAAUUCGGUGGCAUCACCCAACACAUUUCCGCCUUCUCGCUUUCAGUCGCCGAGGCCGCCACCGCCGCAUCCAACGGUGAGGCGCCAGCAAACAUCCCGGCUGUCGCCGACGGCGUCAUAACCUUUAUCGACACUCCCGGCCACGCGGCGUUCUCGGCCAUGAGAGCCCGUGGCGCCCGGGCCACUGACAUUGUCCUCCUGGUGGUCGCGGCUGAUGACGGUGUCAUGCCACAAACCGUGGAGUCGAUCAAAUUCGCCAGGGAAUUUGGUGCUCAAAUCAUCGUUGCUAUCAACAAAGUGGACAAACAUGGUGUAGACGUGGAGGGAACCAUCCAGGGUCUGGCGGCCGUUGGCGUCUUAGUUGAACAACUCGGCGGCGACGUCCAGGCAGUGGAGAUAUCGGCCUUGAAGCGGCUCAAUCUUGUCGCGUUGCUUGAGGCCAUUCUUGCCCAGGCGGAGAUGAUGCAGAUUUCCGCCGACCCCAACGGACCAGCGGAAGCCCUGGUUAUUGAAUGCACCACCGAACAUGGCCUUGGGAAGGUAGUCAGCUGCCUCGUCACACGUGGCGUGCUGAAACAAGGCAACAAGAGCGGUCCUCUGGUUGCCGGUGAAAGCAUUGGCUGCACGCGAGUCCUUCGCAACGACCGCGGCGUCAAGGUCGAGACCGUUGCCCCUGGCUACACGGCUACGAUUGCAGGGUGGAAGACAAUGCCUCCGGUGGGUAGCACCAUCCUUGAAGUGAAGUCCGAGGCGGAGGCUGAAGCGGCGGUGCGCGCGCGACGACAGCGGCGGUUGGAGCAGAAGUCGCUGACCGACAAGGUGGCCAUCGACAAACGCGUGGCCAACUAUCGCGCCACGUACGAUGCCUACCUGAAGGAGCGCGUGCAAAUGGAUCCCGUCAGUGCGCGGCGUUUCGCGUCGCAGUUUAGGAAAUCCCAAACCGGUCUGACGGCACUGAUGUCGGAGAUGAGUGAAGAGGUGCCGAGUCUGCCGUUAGUGGUCAAGGCCGACGUUGAGGGGAGUCUGGAGGCCAUUUCGGACAUGCUGGCCACCUGCCCGCCUGAUCAAUGUCGGGUUCAGAUAGCCCUCUCGGGGGUAGGACCAGUGACGCCGGCUGAAGUCGACCUCGCGGCUGCCGUUGGGGCUGAACUUUUUACUUUCAACGUCGGUGCGCUGCCCGAGGCGUUGCAAGCGCUCAGUGCCCACAACAUGUCCAUCCACUCACACAACGUGAUCUACAGGCUAGGUGAAAACGUUCGCUCCCUCGUCAAUGAGAAACUGCCGCCUCUCUAUGUCGAAGAAAUAAUCGGCGAAGGUGUUGUUCUGCAAACCUUCGAAGUCUCUCUGAUGCUGGCCAAACGCCAUGAGGUCAUGGUUGGUGGAUGUCGGUGCACACGUGGAAACAUCCUCUCUGGACGCUCCUCCAAGCACGGCGCUGAUCCCAUUCUCUUUCGCGUUCUUCGGCCAAUGCCAGCCCCGGCCGACCGCAAAGACGCGAGCCGAAAAGCCAAAAGGCCGUUUUCGUCCCGCGACGCCGACGAAGACCAGGAAGGAGAUGAGGCGGACCCCCUGGCAAAUAGUCGCCUCUUGGUGGACCGAGUGCCGUGCUACUCUCUGCGUCACGGGCGCUCCAACGUCGACUCGGUGCGCCGCGACGUCGAGUUCGGCAUCAUCCUGGUGAAGAGGGCCAACGACAGCAGCGAUGCGCACAGGAGCCUCGCCGACGUCUUCAGGAACCCGCCGCAGGUCGGUGAAAUCGGCUCCGACGCUGUUGUCUUCGCCGACUGGGCCCAGGGUGACGUGGUCCAGUGCUACCGCAUUGUCGAGAAGUCGCAGUCCAUCGAGUGGCAUAUCGACGAUCCAAGCGUCAACUGA